AUGCACACCUACGAUACGAAUCGACACACCUGGCGCUACGAUGUGGGCGGGUAUGGCUGGGAUAACUCGGAGCUUUCCCUGACCUAUUCUUCUGGCAAUACUUUCUACGCACCGGCCGCGAAGACGUUUAUCGUUUCGCAGAGGCUGUCACCCGCCACACAGGUGAAGCCGAUGUCUACCAUAUUGGUGAUUGGAAGGGCCUGGGUACCCGCCACGGUGUCCAGCACUGGGCCGAUAGCGCAAAGCAAGCCUGUAUCUCGCAGCCGCAGUACCUACUUCUACUACCUGUCCGGAGGUGAUGAGCGUAUUAGAGAGUUACUCGGCGAGCUUCUAGACACGGAGAAGACCUACGGAAUUCUGGACCCUCAAAGAAACGCAGCCCUCGCCGGCGGAUGGCUCAUUGCAUGGGAACGCCGCGGACUGAGAUGGGAGGAGGCAAAGACCAAGUUGACGAGCACAAUCACCAGCAUCGCCAAACUCAAUACCUUAGGCCCCCCUCCAUUGGAUCCCGACAACAAAGGUCUCGUCGAUGUCUCCCAUCUCUCGGCCGUAUUUGGUCUCCCCGAAGUCGUCUCCGAACCCGUCGAGUACUAUGGUGAUGACCUCCCGGCAGGGUUCAAAGAAGCAUGGUACGACUACUGUUACUAUUAUGCCGCAACCCCCGCAGAAGCUCGUUAUGGGGUUAAGGUCAAGGACAUCAGCUUGCUACAGGCCCACUCGCGUGUCACAGCGUAUGCCGCUCACCAAACCGGCAACACGACGUUGGCCAAGCGAGCGUGGCGCGAUCUCUUGAACUCGGAUGGUAUUGGUCCAAACACCCCGGAUACCGAUAUGAAUGGUAGCUCGGUCUUGAGUGGCUCUUGA